AUGGUAAACACCCAUUUUGAUAUCUUCCAUUUCAUUCUCUUGGGCAACUGCACCCUGCUCUACGGAAGUCGAAAGAUCGACUCUUUAAGAGAGCUGGCAUCUGGCGCCGGAGCUGAUGGACGAAGGAUUCCCGCGAUAGACAUAGUGGCUGUACAUGGUCUGAACCCAUUCAACAACGAAGGCCACGCUUUCAAUACCUGGCGGAAGCCUCAUGACACUGGCCAUCUCUGGCUAGAAGAUGCUUUCCCCAAAGUCCAACCGAAUGCGCGCGUUUACCUCUACGAAUACAAUUCAAGCCCAGUGUUUGAAGCUAGUAAAGACUCGUUUGUUGGAGAAGCAAAUCAGCUAUUAGAUGAAAUCCUUGGAGCUCGUCGGACAAUCGCAUUAGUAAACGCCUGGGCAAACGAACAAUAUAGAGGCAUCCAAAGCUCAACCUACGGCCUAAUGUUUUUUGGUACACCUCAUACUGGCCCUGGAAGCAAUCCUGAAGUUAGGCUGGGGAUGGUUUGCGCGAAGGUUGCCCGAUCUUUACCUGGAAUUCAAUCUACCAGCCUGCUAGAAACCCUCGAACGCGGCUCACUUUUCAGCGAUUUUCUUAGAGAGGCUUUCAGGCAUCAGCUUGAAGCAUACAGAGUUGUAUCGUGUUAUGAAGGGGUUGGAGAUAUCGUCCCAUUCGAUUCAGCAGUGAUGAAUCUACCGGGAAAUAGAGAAACCCAGCUUCGAAUCAAUGCUGAUCACCGCAACAUGUGUCGCUUCGACCCGUCAGUUUCUGCUGAUCUAGACAAUUAUAGAAAGGUGGAGCGAAAUCUGCAAAUGCUAUGCGUGGAUGCCCUGAUUGGAUUUCCUAAAGAAAACGAAGAGCAAGAAAAGUCUUUGCAAUUGCAUCAAGGAGGAAUAGACUUAGGCAACAGCCUUUUCGAAAGCUUGCAGAUAUCUCAAAAUAACAUCUCCAUGCCAGUAACAAUUAAUAUUGGCAAAGUACCCGAUUUAGCAUGGACAGUAUAUCGCUCGUGCAUUCAGUCUCCGUCAUCACCCGAAUUCGCUCGUGUUGCAACCGACGUUUCCUAUCUUCAUAGUGCUCUUCGCAUGACGCACGAAAUGGUUGAGGGAGAUACAUUUUCGAAAGACUACCGCAGCCAGAUUCGCGAGAUAUCAGGUAGUUGCUUUGAAGCCCUUCAAGACCUCCAAUCUGCUAUCGGUGAUUUCAAGGCAUUGCCAAGUCACAGCCAGAAUUCAUGGAGUCGCAUGGGAUUUGAGUCAAGAAAAUUCGCCAGUAUUGAGGAGCGACUAAAGUCAACCACGUCGAUGGUGACUGAAUUGAACCAGGCCCUCUCAAGUGGCUCAAUGAAUCGGUUAGUGGAUGGACUUAAUCACUUGGUUGAGGAGGCCACAGCCGAUGAUACAAGGAGUUCUAUUAUAUCUAGUAAUAUCUCGCAUGUUUCCGAGUCUUUGUCGAUAUGGGAUGAAGAGAGCUGGACGCAGCUGCAGCGCGAGCUCGAAAAUUGCGGCGUAUCUCCAAGGAUCCUGGUAGAUCAGCGCAAGUUCAUCUUCAAGUGGGUCAAAAAUGCUAUCGAGGCAGGGAGAAUUCCGCUGGAGGACCAGAAACUAGAAUCCGAGGUCCUGGUGGACGAAUCGGCUGCGUCAAACUCAGCUUUACGUAACGCCUCUGCUUCAGAGACCGAACAUUCCGAACAUGUAAAUCCUGGCAGUAAGAAAUACUCUUUUAUCAGACGGUUGAGGUUCGGUGUCUUCCGUGGGCAGAGUUCUCUUUUUGCGGCCGUUCAACAGGGUGAUUUUGUCAAGGUCAACGAGCUGCUCUCUUUUGGUAUCCCUAUCGAUGUUAGUGACAAAUCCGGCAAGACGGUGCUCCAUAUCGCAAUAUUGAAUGGCGACAUCGAAAUGAUAAAGCUACUGCUAGAAAAAGGCACCGCGAAUUGGGGAAUAAGUGAUCGUCACUACAAAGCCAUGGGAAUAGCUCUCUACACAAAGAGUUGGAGAGUAGUGGAAUAUUUGCUCAAACCGGGGUUUAAAUACAACAACUCAAGUUGUUUGUAUAUCAUUGAGUAUGGCCCAGUGGAAUUAAAGAGGCAAUGGCUGAAAAUAUUUGACGUUAGAGGCAAUUCGCGCCUCUUAUUUCACGUAGCUUCUCUCGGCGACGUGGGAAAUUUCCAGCUCCUACUCAACGAAGGGGCAAACGUUCGGGUCAGAACCAAACAACAAUAUUUCCCUCCUUAUAGUGACUGCUACCCCACUGGUGGUCUAACACCCUUGCACAUAGCAUCUGCAAAUUGCAACGUGCCGCUUAUGGAGCUAAUUCUCGACAACGGUGCUGAGAUCGACGAUAUCGAUGACGAUGGUGGGACUUCAUUGCAUAAAGUGCCAUGUGCAAGUGACGGCCUUGGGAUUUCCUACCGAGAUAAUCAAGGUCUACGGAAGUUAAAAAGAACUUGUUCGUCUGGUACCGAUAUAGCCAUAAAGUUUCUACUGGACAGGGGAGCAAAUAUAAAUUCGAAGAACGAUAUGGGCCAAACAGUGCUCCAUUUAUCAGCGAUGUAUAACGAAGAUUUGGCCUUGGCCGUGUUGAUACAGAAUGGCUCCGACAUCGGUUUAACGGACCACAAGGGUAAUACAGCCCUUCACGCUUCAACUUCAGCUGAAAAGUUUCGGGGCUCUAGAAGGCUCGGCGAGGUAGCCAUUCCCGCCAGUAUAUUUCAUUGGAAUGAGAAGGGAAUGAUGCUAUUACUAGAUCAUGGUGCGCAAGUCAACGCCAAGAACACGCUUGGGAGGACGCCUCUGCACCUAGCAUCUGAAGAUGGGAACGAAGGCCUGGCAAAAAUACUACUGGAUCAUGGGGCCGACGUCGAUGCAGUGGAUCGGCGGCACUGGACUGCGUUACAUCUUGCAGUCUGGAAUCAGUCAAUGCCACUAAUACUUCUUCUUCUGCGACACGGAUCUACCAUUACCAUGAAAGCCUCACAUGGCUCUAAAAGCAUGACAGCGCUUGAGAUGGCAAGAUCUCAGAACUAUGAUCCCAUAGUAAACCUCCUAGAGCUUAACCCCUAA